AUGUUAGCCAGAGAACUAUCUGAAGAUGCAACUAAGUACGAAUAUAUGAUUCGCAUUGCCUUAAUUCUGGCGUAUUUUACAACGACUCUUGCUGCUUCUUUCCAACCAGAUUACGACAAAUUAUGGGAAACCUAUAAGGAUGUUUUCAAGAAGAAAUACAACUCUUAUGAAGAACCAAUUCGACGUUUUAUUUGGGAAGCUAAUGUGGCUAAAAUACAACUACAUAAUUUAGAGGCUGAUUUGAAGAAGUAUGACUUCAAGCUCGGAAUCUCCAAUUUCACAGACCUAGCCGCUAAAGAAUUCAAUAUAAGAAAUGGACUGAAAAUAAGCAAUCAAACGAAGGUACUAUCUUAUUUUGUGGAGCCUUCGCAUGUGAGAUAUCCAACUGCUGUUGACUGGAGAAAAGAAGGAUUAGUGACGGAAGUAAAAGAUCAGUGAUGAAAAUCGAAAAGGCAGAGGGUAUUCAAUCAAAAGUACUAGCCCAAGUUUAGAUUUACUAUCUUUGGGAGAGUGAAUAAUAGUAAGAAACAAUGUGCUUUAAUUAAUCGAUUUUACAGUGCAGUCGAAACCUGUUUAGCUUGUUCAAUACAAUCUUCUACUGAACUCAAGUUGAAGUAUAAAUUCACGAGGGAAGUUAUUUUCCGUAAUUUGCAUUGUUAUUACACGGAAGAAAUAAUACUGAAAUCGUCAAUUUACUAGAUCACUAAAAAUUUAUAAAAAGUGAUAAGUCUAGUGCUAAAAAUGGUCACCUAUAUACAGUAAAAUCUCUUUAAAUGAAUUAUCAUUUAGCCAAAUGGUAAAGCAAACUGAGCCUCAGACUCAGUUAUUAAGCCCGAAAACAACCACUUUCAACAGAUGUUUUAGCACGUGUUUUUUAUUGUCUUAUUGUUAAGACGUAAACGUACUUUUUUAAGAAAAGAAGUAAUCUAUUGUAUUUAGACACAGUAAUAAUGAGCUUUGAGAUUUGUCCUUUGAAGCUAUCUUUAUGUACCUAAAUCCACAGAUGGAUUAUACCAAUCAAUUUUGUACUGUGCUAGAGGAUUUUUAGUGAUGAUUUCUAAUGUUGAAAUGAAUGAAUUACCAAAAAAGGAAUAUAGAAGAUUUGAAUAAGCACUAAGAAAAUCUCGCCAAUAAAGUACAUCGAAAAUGAAAAUUUUCAGUUCUGUGAAAAACAUGAAUUACGGCAGGAAAUCAACGAAUGCUGCUUCUG